UGUCCGUCGCUCUUCCUCUCACUCUGCCUCUUCUCCUGACUCGUGGAAUGCUUAACCUGGACUGAUGGACAUUUCCGAACUUUGCAUCCCAGACCCUCUCAGCUAUCAUAACCAGCUGCUCAAUAGAAUGGCUGCAGAUGACCGGCACCUGCCUUCCAGCUGUGGGUCCUACAUCAAGACGGAGCCAUCGAGCCCCUCGUCGGUCAUCGACACAGUCAGCCACCACAGCCCCAGCGGCAACUCGGAUGCCAGCGGUGGCUACGUCAGUGCCAUGAACAGCCACUCCAACGGCCUGGACUCUCCGCCCAUGUUCACGCCCGGCGGGCUCGGGGGCGGGGCCUGCCGCAAGCGCUACGAUGACUGCUCCAGUACCAUUAUGGAGGACUCACCCAUUAAGUGCGAAUAUAUGUUGAACUCCAUCCCCAAGAGGCUGUGCCUGGUCUGUGGAGACAUUGCCUCGGGAUACCACUAUGGAGUGGCCUCCUGUGAGGCCUGCAAAGCCUUUUUUAAAAGGACAAUACAAGGCAACAUUGAAUACAGCUGUCCAGCUACAAACGAGUGUGAGAUCACCAAGCGGAGACGCAAGUCCUGCCAGGCGUGCCGCUUCAUGAAGUGUCUCAAAGUGGGCAUGCUGAAGGAAGGUGUGCGUCUGGACCGUGUGCGCGGUGGCCGGCAGAAAUACAAGCGGAGGAUGGACGCAGAAAACAAUGCCUAUCUGGGCCUUGCGCUGCCACCCCCUGCCAAAAAGCCAUUGACAAAGAUUGUGUCCCACUUGCUGGUGGCAGAGCCAGAGAAGAUCUAUGCCAUGCCAGACCCCACCAUGCCCGAGAGUGACAUCAAGGCCCUGACAACUCUGUGCGACUUAGCUGACCGUGAGCUGGUGGUCAUCAUUGGCUGGGCCAAGCACAUUCCAGGCUUCUCCAACCUGUCUCUGGGGGACCAGAUGAGUCUACUGCAGAGCGCCUGGAUGGAGAUCCUCAUCCUGAGCAUCGUGUUCCGCUCGCUGCCCUACGAGGACGAGCUGGUGUACGCGGAGGACUACGUCAUGGACGAGGAGCACUCCCGCCUCACGGGUUUGCUCGACCUCUACGUGUCCAUCCUGCAGCUGGUGCGCAGGUACAAGAAGCUCAAGGUGGAGAAGGAGGAGUUUGUCACCCUCAAGGCCAUCGCUCUCGCCAACUCGGACUCCAUGCACAUAGAGGACGUGGAGGCGGUGCAGAAGCUCCAGGAUGCCCUCCAUGAGGCGCUGCAGGACUACGAGGGCGGGCAGCAUGCUGAGGACCCACGGCGGGCUGGCAAGCUGCUCAUGACGCUGCCCCUCCUCCGGCAGACCGCCACCAAGGCCGUACAGCACUUCUACAGCAUCAAAGUGCAGGGCAAGGUGCCCAUGCACAAACUCUUCCUGGAGAUGCUGGAGGCCAAAGUGUGAUGGAGAGCCAGGCAGCAGCCAGAGGGCGGAGGGGGCGGAGCUCAGGCACAGAGGGACACGGGGGACGCUGCUGACUGGCAGCACAGGUCACAGACUGCUCUUUCUUGGAUUCAAGACAUUUUUAAAAAGCUUAAAAAAUGAAAACAAAUGCAACCUGGGUAAAA